GAAUUGGACGUCCCGAGGCGAGCGAGUGGAGCGGCCUGUGUGGAACAGCCGGUAAACGAAUAUUUCACGAUGUUUAAACGGCCUGAGGACAAGGAAGAUUGUCGUGUAUCUGCGAAAAGGGCGAGAUUCGAGGCUCCCGGAAGAAAUCCGCAGCAUAGCAACGCAAAAGAAAUUCCUGAGAGCAAAAAUGCGCAGCAUGACGAUCUUUGGGGUGAUGAUUUCGCCGAAGAGGAAAUCCAAGAAUUGGAUCUGAUUGCAUCUCAAUGUUCGCAGACAAGCAAUAUAUUAGACAGUUUCAAACCUUUUGAAAGUGGCUCGCACUCAGUGAAAUCAGACUUGCCAGAGAGACCAUCCAAUAUUGCCUGCAGUGAAACAUCAUGUUUAAAAUUACAACCUAUGGAAAAAUCUAAUUUGUAUACAGUAAACAAGAAUAUACAAGGCAAGAGUCAGGAUAUUCCGGAUGUUAAUUAUUCUCAAUUUAAAAAUAAAUUAAUAAAUAGAGGAAAUCACAAUUCAACAUUCCAGAGAGAAAGUAACUUUAUUCAGGUGUCAGAUGAUAAGGAAUUGGAGAAAUUAAAAAAUGAAAAUAAAAAGUUACUGAAUGACUUUAUAACCAAAGAUGGUGAAACUGUAUACUUACGACAGCAAUUACAGCAAAUUCAGUUACGAACUGAAAAUGAAAAAUUAGAAAAGUUGCGUUUAAUUGAAGAACAAGCAAAUAAUCAUAGAUUAGAAAUCAGCAGAAUUUAUAAAGAAAAAGAGCAGUUGAAAACACAAUUAGAAUUACAAAAUCUAGAAAUAGGAAAUCUUCAGGAGCGUUGUAAACGAUUAGAGUUUGGAAAUGUUAAAUUAGAAGAACCACAAACAUUGUAUAUGAAUACUUCUUUUAAAAGUAAAUGCAAUACUUCAAUUAAUCGAUCGAUAAAUAUGAAAAGUUCAAUUAAAGAAGUAUGUGUACAAGCUGAUCUUUACAAGAAAACCAAUUAUCAACUUCAGACAUGUAGUACUUAUUUUCCACUUGCGGGAAUUUCAGAAUUAAUGUUUGAAGCAUCAUUACCAGAAAAACCUAUUAUUAAUAUCAAGGUCAUAGAAAAGACUGGAAGGAGAAAUUUACCUAUUUUGCAAGAAGAAGAAACAUUUAGGAUUUUUGAAAAUCCCGAUUUGGUAAAACCGGUAAUUACUAUAGUAGAUGAAAAAAAAUUGACAAUAGAAUUUGUUUUACCUGAAAUUGCAGCCAUUGAGAGGAAAGCUAAUAUUGAAAUAGAAUCAGAAAAAUGUAUACCAAUAAUUAAUAAGCUAGUUUUGACCGCAAGGGAGUUAAUGCUGAAUGUUGUAGAGAUUUUACGAAUGAUUUUUCAAGCUAUGAGAAAUGAUGAUAUUCGAGAUAUGAAUGAUUUAUAUUUUUCUAAUGUCUAUGAGAAUCAUAAUAUUUGUAUCAAGUCUGAAUGCGAAGCAAACGCAUGGCAUGAAGGAGAACGCGGUAUCGAGGCGAGAAGAUUACUCGGUGCACUUUCACAUAUCAGUUUGGAAUCAUCAUAUUUAAGCAAUUACUUGGCAGGAAAAUCGUUACUGCUCACACAUAAUGAUGAGUGCUAUAAUCGUUAUUUACCACAAAUGGCUCGUUAUAAUGCAUGGUCGAAAAGAAAUCACGAAUUUGAAAUUCUUGAGAUCAUUCUAGAAUGCGUUACUUUAAUAGGGCGUGUUAGAAGAUCUCAUCAAUUUACUGGUCUUAUAAAUGCAAUAAUAAAAGUACUGUGUAAUGUACAACGGAAAAUAGGUUACUGUAAGAAAGGAUUAGAAUACAUUUGUCUUAUUUUCAAAGAGCUUGUAUUCUCAAGGCCACUAUCAAUCUGUUAUGUUUCAUUAGUAGAUUUUCUAAUGAUUUUCAGUAAAUGCUACACUGAAUUUGUACCAAAACUCUGCAGUAAUUCACAAUCAAUGGCAGUAAAAGGUUGGAAAGGUGCUUUACAUUUUACACCAGAUGCUUGUGUUUUACAAAUUCUUAUGAUGCAACUAGAGCACUUUCAUCCAGAUUUUCUCACUAUUAUAAAUAUAACCUAUGGAUUAAUAUCGUCUGUAUGGGAUAUUUUGCAGACAAAUAAUAAUUCAUUAAGGAUUGAAAAUUCAGAAUCGUGUAACUGUUAUAUGAAAUUAUUACGAAUUACAAUUAAUAUGUUGAAAAAAUCUUCUGAAACCAAAUUAGAUAUAAUCAAUAAUACUGAGUGGCAGAAUUCAUUUUCUGCUACUAAAAAAUGUUAUAUCUUAAAGAAAAUUAAUUAUAAAAAUUAUACAUGUCAGACAAAAUGUAGCAGGCAGAGUAUUGAAAAUGAUCUGUCUGAUACAUACCCUGAAAAAUUGGAUCAAAAUUUUUGGCUUGGUAUAAAAAAGAUUCAACACAAAAUAUUAAAAGAGGGCAUCAAAUUUCUAUCUCAUCUCGCAAUUUGUAAUCCAGAAUUUCUUACCUAUUCAUCCGACAUGGAAGAUAUGUUUAAUUUAUUUAUACGAAACAUUGCUUUCUUCGAUGACUUGAUACUUCAUGAAAAUGAACGAGAAGCAUUAGAUAUUAUAAAAAUUACACUGUUUAAUAAAAGUAUACAAAGUGAAGCUGAAAUACCCCAUGAAGAUAUACAUGUUUAUCAAUUGAACAUUAGAAAUUUUAAAAAGAAGAUUGUUCCUGGAACCAAGAGAGAUCAUGUUGAAACAAUUAAAGAUUAUAAUAGAAUAUAUAUGACUAUUAAAGCACUGUACAAUUCUAAAUCAAAAUAUAAAGAGAAUUAAAUUUAUAAAAUUCUCAAGAGAGAUUGUAUCCUCAUGUUUGUAUAUAUUUAUAUACACACACAUAUAUACACAUAUGUAUAUGUGUUGUUAGUGUGUUUUUCUGCAAGCAAAAUGACAUUAUCAAUACUAUGUCCGAUAUAACUGUGACAUAAUGUCAUGUGUUCAAGCAUUAUACAAGUAUAUAAACUAUC